GGCUGCAUCGUCAGCAACACCAUAUGCAGCUGCAGGCGUGUGUAUAUAAUCCUACAGGCAACAGGGCCAUGAAAUAUCACCGCAAAGUGUAUGCUUAACUAAGCUACUAAGCUGCACCCAAGUAUCCAAGCAAGAGCAGCAGAUAAAAGUAGAGAGUGUUGUUGGUGUUCUUGUCUCCUUAUCCAGUUGGAGGAGUGAGUGAUCGAUCAUGGCGGCCAACUACCAGCACUAUCAGAUGACGGUGCACGCAGCGGCGGCGUGGAGGGAGCCGGACAGCCCGCAGCUGAGCUUCGUGAGCGGCUGCAGCUCCCUCUUCUCCAUCUCCACGCUGCAGGACGACGACGACGUCGGCGCCGUCGUCAUCGCCGGGCACGCGCUGCCCUCCACGCCCGUCUCACUCGCCAGGUUCGCCGGCGACGAGGUCGACAUGGAGGUGCAGCAGAUCAGCGGCGGCAGCGGCGACGACCGGAGGUCCAUCAGGAUGAUGAGGAACCGGGAGUCCGCGCUCCGAUCCAGGGCAAGGAAGCGGGCAUACGUGGAAAAUCUAGAGAAAGAGGUUCGCCGGCUGGUGGAUGAGAACUUGAAGCUCAAGAAGCAGUGCAAAGAGCUGAAAUUGGAAGUGGCCGCACUGGUCCUCCCUACCAAGAGCUCACUUCGGAGAACCUCGUCGACUCAAUUCUGAAGGGAAAAAACGGAGACAUAUUUGACAGUAUAAACAUCAAGAGAAUGACUCGAGGUGUGCACAUUGGCAGUGUGAAUGUGUGUUUGUGUGCAGGGGAGUAGCUCACUACAAUGAAGAACAUCUUUUCUUGAAUUAUGGCAAAUUAAGCUCUGCUCAACUGGGGGAAAAAUAUUGUUUCCUCCAUUCUCUACAUCUUUUCUUGAAGGGCAAAUUAGGCUCAGUACCUACACGAGAUGAUAAUCUCCUUCUCUCUCUUCUCUCUCUUCCCUCUUGCCACACUCCUUCCUCUCCCUGUCCUGCUGCAGCCUCCCGUGUUGCUCUGCCACCUGUCCACGUCCCUCAAUGCAGCAGAUGGUGGACGGCAGCUAGCACGAAGGAAAAACGGCUGGGUCGGGUCAAUGGUUGCUGUGCCGGCGGUCAAGAAGAGGCCAGUCAUGUCGCCAUGGGGGCUGAGCGUUUAGGUAGCUCGGGCGGCCGCCAUGGAGUUGGAGGGUAGGAGGGGCGGCGUUGAGCACUGCGCUGUUCAACGAUGGCGCGUCGUGCGGCCAGUGCUACAAGAUCACUUGCGACGCGAGGGCGGACCCGCGGUGGUGCCGCCGGGGCGUGUCCAUCACUAUAACGGUGACUUACUUCGGCCCGUCUAACGAAGAGUUUUUUUUAAGCUCUUUUUAAAUUAAUAUUUUAAAGACAUUACGUGCCACAUUAAACUAACUUUCUUUGUCACUGCAAAGUAUAUGAUAUGACUCACAAUUUGAUUAUAUUAAUAUAUGUGGCGUGAUCAAAGUAGCCAUACUGGUGUCCCGUCGUGGCCUCUUGCCACGUCAAAGUACAUGAUAUGACUCACACUCUAGUCACAUCAUAUGCAUUUGCGUGAUCACAUGGUGAGUUACAUCAUGUACUUUGGUGUGACAAACCGACUAGUUUUUAAAAAUUUAAUAUCCCGUGUAUUGUUUUUAAAAUAUUAAUUUAGAAAGGGCUAAAAUAAAAAAAUUCCCCUAACUAUGCACUACCCUCUGACGAUGGGGCGUGGUGCAACCCGCCAUGGCAGCACUUUGACAUGGCGCAGCCCAUGUGGGAGAAGAUUGUGUGGAAAGGGAGAGCGAGAUGAAAACAACGCACAUGCCAAGAAAGUCGGGGUGCAUUUCUAUUAUAGCCACACGGGCACAACAACAGUUACAUGAUCCUCAACUAGAGAAGCUAUUCUAGUAAGGUUACAACAAAAUCAUAAUCACAUAAUAUACAAUAAUUAUCUUCCUAAUACCCGCCCACAGUUACAAUGGGAGGAGUUCGGAUGCAAAGAUUGGACCAGAACUCUGCGAAUAGCAAAACUGAAGACCCUUAGUCAUGAUGUCUGCGAACUGGUGUGAGGAAGACAUGUGAAGAACUCGAACGUGACCAAGAGACACCUUCUCACAAACAAAGUGGAUGUCGAUCUCAAUAUGCUUUUGUGCGCAUGUGUUGUACUGGAUUAGAUGACAUGUAGAUGGUACUCACAUUGUCACAGUAGAUCACUGUAGCCGAAGCAAGAGUGACGUGCAACUCUUGGAGAAGCUGGCGCAGCCAACAACACUUGGCAACAGCAUGCGCAAUGGCGCGGUAUUCAGCUUCUGCACUGGAGCGAGAGACGGUGGACUGACGCUUGGAAGACCAAGAGACGAGAUUGCCGCCGAGGUAGACACAAUAGCCUGAGGUGGAACGCCGGGAGUCAGGGCAACCGACCCAGACUACAUCUAAGUAUGCGGUGAGAGAUGUCACCAGGGAGGUGCCAACGUGCAGGCCAACGUCGAGAGUGCCCUUGACAUAGCACAUUAUGCAUUUGAUCAACACGAGAUGCGGUUCUCGCGGAUCAUGCAUAAAGAGACAUGCCUGCUGAACUGCAUUAGCUAGGUCAAGCCGUGUUAGGGUCAAAUACUGAAGGGCCCUAGCGAUGCUCCUGUACUCCGAAGGGUCGGCCAUGGGAUGUCCGUCUAUAGCAAACAGCUUGGCACGGAUGUUAGCAGGUGUCGAAGUGGAGUGACACUCGACCAUGCCAGCACAUCAGAGAAGAUCCGAAGUGUACUGGCGCUACGAGAGGAAGAAGCUGGAGGAGGAACGCUGAACUGAAAUCCCGAGGAAGAAGUGGAGGUCGCCGAGGUCGGUCAUGGAAAACUCUGAAUGUAAUGGCCAAGUCAGUUUCUGCAGUAGAGCACCUGAAUAGACUGUCAGAAUGAUGUCGUUGACAUAAAGCAACAGGUAGCCUGUGUCAUGUCCACCUUUGAGAACAAAGAGGGACGUGUCAGAGGUGGAGGAUCUGAAGCAAAUCCGACGAAUGUAAGUGGCGAAGCGCUGGUACCAAGCACGGGGCACCUAACCUGUUUGGGACCAUAUAGAGACUUCUUGAGUAGGCAGACAUAAUCAGAUGCAGAUGGAUCAACGAACCCAGAUGGCUGCUGGCAAUAGACAAUAUCCUCAAGGUUGCCAUGCAGAAAUGCAUUUUUUGACGCCAAGCUGAUGGAUCGGCUAGGAAUGUGAAGCUGCAAUGCUCAACACAACACAUAUAGUGGAGGGUUCGAUCACUGGGCUGAAAGUCUCAUCAUAGUUGAUUUUGUGUUGCUGUGAAUACCCGUGGACGACCCAUUGUGCUUUGUGUUGAGCGAGAGUGCCAUUAGAGUGGAACUUAUGCUUGUAGAUUCACUUGCCUGUCACCACAUUAGCACCAGCAUGCCGAGGAACUAGAACCCAUGUUGUUGUUGAGAGGGCCUUGUACUCAUCCGCCAUCACUGCACGCCAAUUAGAAUAAGCGAGAGCGCUUUGAUAAUUCACCGGAAUGGCAGAAACCGAAGUGUGGACAGUGGAGAGAUCCUGUGGUCGACGAGUUUGACGAUGCCAGAGGCAGCACGGGUCACCAUCGAGUGAGGACCUGGAGCUAGACGUGGCACAUGCCUAUGAGGUGCGGUCUGACGCUGGGAGGCGCAAGCACCAGGCUAGCCACAAGGCCUAACAGCACUAGCAUCAGGCCCAACAACGCCAACAACGCUAGCACCAGGCCCAACAGCGCAAACUGCGCCAGCAACAUGCCCAAUAGGGAUGUGGGCGCUGGUGUCAAGCCCUAGUGGAGUUCUAGCGCACGGCCCAACUGGAUCCAGCUGUCCAGGUCCCCUCGUCUCUUCAACUCCUCUGUGCUAGAUUUAUGCUUUGCUCCAUUGUGGACUCUUCCGCACCUCCUCCAUCUGUUGCGGCCCCUCCUCAACUCCUCUGCAGGCCGUAGCUCCUCUUCACACUACUUGUUCCUUCAUUCCUCCGGGCACUAUAGGACAAUAUAUGAUUGAAGUUGCAUUUAUGUCUUUGGAAGGUAUGCCUCAAAUCUCACUUGAAAUGUAUUAUUGUAGUACGGAACGUAUAGACCGUCUAGUCGUCGUCUAGACAACUUAGACAUUAGUCAUAGGGUGACCGUCUAUCUACAUCUAGCGCCUAGAUAAACAUUGCAUGUAUGAAUUAAAAGCUUGUUUAUUAAUAGAAAGAGUAAAUUUUACAAACUUAUAACUAUUUGCACCAUUGUAACAAAAAGCUACAACUUCUGAGUCUAAUUGUAGAAAACCAUAACUAGUUGUAUCCCUCUUAACCCAAAACUACAACAUUUGCGUCUAGUCCCACCCGUCAGCCACAUAUUUUCAGCAAAAUGGGAAAACAAGUGCUCGUGUGGAUGACGGGUGAGACCAAACACAAAUGUUAUAGUUUUGCGUUAACAGGGGUACAACUAGUGGUGGUUUUUUGAAAUUAGACUCAGAAGUUGUCGCUUUGUGCAUAAUAGUGUAAAUAGUUGUAGCUUUAUAAAAUUUAAUCUAAUAUAAAUUUCUUACUAUCUAUCUCUUUUUAGGUAUCACCUAAGAAAUAAGGUAUUAGGAGUGGCCUCCAACCCAUGGAAUUAUAGGGCUGCACGAGAACUUUGAGGAUUCAAUUCAACUAGAUCGGUCAAUCGCGAUCGAUGGAUGCACAUAGAUGAACUGUUUCUGAAUGAUCUAAACCUGAUGGCGGUCGAUCACGAUCGAUGGAUGUACAAAGAUGUACAACAGUUGAUGAUCUCUUCAUUUUUCUAUGCUACAUAUGUCUCUCACAGACUCAAUCCCCUUAGUAAGUUGGUUCAAGGGCGUUCAACCAAAAAUUUUGUGCAAUUUUUUUGUGUACAAUAUGUGUGCAAGUAUACUGCAAAUUGUGCUAAAUUCUCAUCUCCCUCUCCAAGCCGAAUUGAACUUGCAGCGGCCCAUUCACAGCCCAAAAUUCCACGAACACUGGUGGCCCCAUUUGCCAAUCCCGAUACCGUCUAGGGCUUGGAGCAGCAGAGACGCGAUGUUGAAUGUCAAACACCGAUAUUCCCGAACUGCUUGUUUAUCUUACUUCGAUUUGUGAUUCAGUCAUUGGACAUAUGUGACUGUAUUAUUUGUGAAUAAAGUAGACAACAAACUCUUAGGAAAGUGAAGACUACAGAUUUGAAAUUGCUACGAGAGUAUCGAGUUUUUUAAUUCAACUU